CAGUGCCAUCGAGAGGCUUGCGGAGACCGCUGUCCCGUCGCCGCCGAGCCGAGCGGAGCCGUUAGGACCCACAGUCCCGGUGGUGUGUCGCCCGCAGCAGGCCUGGCCGCCCCCGCGCGGGGAGAGCGUCUCCUCAGGCCCAUGUCCAGGCCGAACAGUGUGUCGCCGCGGCCGCCGGCUCCGGGCGGCGGCGGCGGCGGCGGCGGAGGAGGAGGAGGCGGAGGCCCUGCUCCGGGGGGUCCUGGGGGUGGUGGCCGCGCCAAGGGCCUCAAAGACAUUCGUAUCGAUGAGGAGGUGAAGAUCGCGGUCAAUAUCGCUCUGGAGCGUUUCCGCUACGGUGACCAGCGAGAGAUGGAAUUUCCGUCGUCUUUGACCAGUACUGAAAGAGCCUUUAUUCAUCGACUGAGUCAGUCUCUUGGUUUAGUCUCUAAAAGUAAAGGAAAAGGAGCAAAUAGAUACCUAACUGUGAAGAAAAAAGAUGGAUCAGAAACAGCGCAUGCGAUGAUGACUUGCAAUCUGACUCAUAACACAAAGCAUGCCGUGAGAAAUUUGACUCAGAGGUUUCCUGUCACCAACAAAGAGCGCACUGAACUUCUGCCCAAAACAGAAAGAGGAAAUGUGUUUGCUGUUGAAGCUGAAAACCGAGAAAUGAGCAAGACAAGUGGGCGACUCAACAAUGGCAUACCCCAAAUACCAGUGAAGAGAGGAGAGUCUGAAUUUGAUGCAUUCAGGCAGUCAUUACCAGUGUUUGAGAAACAGGAAGAAAUUGUUAAAAUAAUUAAGGAAAAUAAAGUAGUUUUGAUUGUAGGAGAAACUGGAUCUGGAAAGACUACACAGAUUCCUCAGUUCCUUUUAGAUGAUUGCUUUAAAAAUGGGAUCCCUUGCCGUAUCUUCUGUACUCAACCAAGACGAUUAGCAGCUAUCGCUGUGGCUGAAAGAGUUGCUGCAGAGAGAAGGGAAAGGAUUGGCCAGACAAUUGGAUAUCAGAUUCGGUUAGAAAGCAGGGUUUCUCCAAAGACACUUCUGACAUUUUGCACUAAUGGAGUGUUGCUGCGUACAUUGAUGGCAGGUGACAGCACAUUGUCAACGGUCACACAUGUCAUUGUGGAUGAAGUGCAUGAAAGGGAUCGAUUUAGUGAUUUUUUACUUACAAAGUUAAGAGAUUUGUUGCAAAAGCACCCAACUUUGAAACUAAUUCUUUCUAGUGCUGCCUUGGAUGUAAACCUCUUUAUAAGAUAUUUUGGAAGUUGUCCAGUGAUAUAUAUACAGGGCAGACCAUUUGAAGUAAAAGAAAUGUUUCUGGAAGAUAUUUUAAGAACUACUGGAUAUACAAACAAAGAAAUGUUAAAGUAUAAAAAAGAAAAACAACGAGAGGAGAAGCAACAAACCACACUGACAGAGUGGUAUUCAGCUCAAGAGAACACAUUCAAGCCUGAAUGCCAGAGGCAGAGAGCGGUUCCCAAUGUUUCUGAGGAGUAUGACUUACUGGAUGAUGGUGGGGAUGCUGUCUUUAGUCAGCUGACAGAAAAAGAUGUGAAUUGCCUUGAACCAUGGUUGAUCAAGGAAAUGGAUUCCUGCCUCUCUGACAUAUGGCUUCAUAAGGAUGUGGAUGCAUUUGCUCAGGUCUUCCACCUCAUUUUAACUGAAAACGUUAGUGUUGACUACAGACACAGUGAAACCAGUGCAACAGCUCUGAUGGUUGCUGCAGGACGAGGUUUUGCAAGUCAAGUGGAGCAGUUAAUCAGCAUGGGAGCUAACAUCCACAGUAAAGCGUCAAAUGGCUGGAUGGCAUUAGAUUGGGCUAAACACUUUGGACAGACUGAAAUUGUAGAUCUUCUAGAAUCUUACAGUGCAUCACUGGAGUCUGGAAAUCUGGAUGAAAGUUCUUUGGUUCAAACCAAUGGAAGUGAGCUGAGUGCAGAAGACAGAGAGCUGCUGAAAGCGUACCAUCACAGUUUUGAUGAUGAGAAGGUGGACCUGGAUCUGAUCAUGCAUCUGCUAUUCAACAUCUGCCACAGUUGUGAUGCUGGUGCAAUAUUAAUUUUUCUGCCUGGUUAUGAUGAGAUUGUUGGUCUGAGGGAUCGCAUCCUGUUUGAUGACAAGCGGUUUGCUGACAACACACACAGAUAUCAAGUCUUUAUGCUUCAUUCAAAUAUGCAAACAUCUGAUCAAAAGAAGGUGUUAAAAAAUCCACCUGCAGGUGUUCGAAAAAUAAUCCUCUCCACCAAUAUUGCUGAAACAAGCAUCACAGUCAAUGAUGUUGUCUUUGUUAUUGAUUCUGGUAAGGUGAAAGAGAAAUCCUUUGAUGCACUGAAUUUUGUUACAAUGUUGAAAAUGGUGUGGAUUUCCAAAGCUAGUGCCAUACAACGAAAAGGCAGGGCGGGGCGAUGCAGACCUGGAGUUUGUUUCCGUUUGUUUAGUAGACUCCGAUUUCAGAACAUGCUGGAAUUUCAGACUCCAGAGCUUUUGAGAAUGCCACUGCAGGAGCUUUGUUUACAUACCAAACUACUGGCUCCUGUUAACUGUACCAUUGCCGACUUCCUUAUGAAAGCUCCGGAACCUCCACCUGCUUUGAUUGUAAGAAAUGCUGUCCAGAUGCUUAAGACAAUAGAUGCAAUGGAUGCCUGGGAAGACCUGACAGAACUUGGAUACCAUUUGGCUGACUUGCCAGUAGAACCACACCUUGGUAAAAUGGUACUGUGUGCUGUGGUUUUAAAGUGUCUGGACCCUAUCCUGACAAUUGCCUGCACACUAGCUUAUCGAGACCCUUUUGUACUGCCUACCCAAGCCUCUCAAAAACGCGCAGCUAUGCUUUGUAGGAAACGUUUCACUGCAGGAACAUUCAGUGACCACAUGGCACUUCUCAGAGCAUUCCAGGCCUGGCAGAAAGCACGAAGUGAUGGAUGGGAGCGUGCCUUUUGUGAAAAGAAUUUUCUCUCACAAGCUACCAUGGAAAUAAUUAUAGGCAUGAGGACACAGUUGCUUGGUCAACUUAGAGCAUCAGGUUUUGUUAGAGCUCGUGGUGGUGGUGACAUUCGAGAUGUUAACACAAACUCGGAGAACUGGGCUGUGGUUAAAGCUGCGCUGGUGGCAGGCAUGUAUCCUAACUUAGUCCACGUGGACAGAGAGAACAUAGUAUUGACAGGGCCCAAGGAGAAGAAAGUACGAUUCCAUCCCACUUCAGUUCUCAGUCAGCCACAAUAUAAGAAGAUUCCUCCAGCCAAUGGUCAGGCUGCAGCAAUCCAGGCCCUGCCCACAGAUUGGCUAAUUUAUGAUGAAAUGACCAGAGCCCAUCGGAUAGCUAACAUUAGAUGCUGUUCUGCAGUCACACCUGUCACUGUGUCAGUGUUCUGUGGACCAGCCAGGCUGGCAAGUAAUGCUCUUCAAGAACCUUCCUCUUUUAGAGCGGAUGGCAUCCCCAAUGACAGCAGUGACAGUGAGAUGGAGGACAGAACUACUGCUAAUUUAGCCACUCUGAAACUUGAUGAGUGGCUUAAUUUCAAACUAGAGCCAGAGGCUGCCAGUUUAUUGCUGCAGCUCAGACAGAAGUGGCAUAGCUUAUUUCUGCGCCGAAUGAGAGCACCAUCUAAACCUUGGUCUCAAGUUGAUGAAGCUACUAUACGAGCAAUCAUAGCUGUGUUAAGUACUGAGGAACAGUCUGCAGGUUUGCAGCAGCCGUCUGGGAUUGGCCAGAGGCCAAGGCCUAUGUCCUCAGAAGAGCUUCCUUUGGCUUCCUCGUGGAGGUCUAACAAUAGUCGGAAGAGUUCAGCAGAUACUGAGAUUUCUGAUGAACCUACUACUGCAGAAAGGGUGCUGAUGAAGUCUCCAUCCCCAGCCUUACACCCACCUCAGAAAUACAAAGACAGAGGGAUAUUCCACCCAAAACGGAGCACCGAUGACCGCUCAGACCAGUCCUCUGUGAAGUCCACAGACAGCAGCAGUUACCCCAGUCCUUGUGCUAGUCCAUCUCCUCCAUCCUCGGGAAAGGGCUCAAAAUCUCCUUCACCAAGACCAAACAUGCCUAUUCGGUAUUUCAUAAUGAAGAGUAGCAAUCUGAGAAACCUUGAAAUCUCCCAACAGAAGGGGAUCUGGUCUACAACCCCUAGUAAUGAGCGGAAGCUAAAUCGAGCCUUUUGGGAAAGCAGCAUGGUGUACUUGGUGUUUUCUGUUCAAGGAUCUGGACAUUUCCAGGGAUUCUCAAGGAUGUCUUCUGAGAUAGGACGGGAGAAGAGCCAGGACUGGGGGUCAGCCGGACUAGGAGGGGUGUUUAAGGUGGAAUGGAUACGCAAAGAAAGCCUUCCCUUUCAGUUUGCACACCAUUUACUCAAUCCUUGGAAUGACAACAAGAAAGUACAGAUAAGCAGAGAUGGGCAGGAACUGGAACCUCAAGUUGGCGAACAGUUGCUCCAGUUAUGGGAACGUCUUCCACUGGGAGAGAAAACUACAGCUGACUGACACUCAGUUUAUACUACAUUUACCUUUGGCUGCCAUUGGCUGUGUUUGUUGUCAUCAGAAUGACUUUCAGGUUAUUUCUCUUUUUUCCCAUUUUUCUUUUUACUCUUACAGAACUCUUAGCUAUGCCAGAGCAUUAUGCCUAUUACAGCAGCCAAAUGUACUUGCUUUCCAAGCACUGAGAUAGUAUUGUCAUGAUGGGAUUCUCCACCUUAGUGUUACUUCAGAAUCACCAUCUUCAUAUACAGAAAAGGAUCACUCAAAGUUUUAUAGUAACUACAGGGAAUUAUAUACAAGUUUAUUAAUUAUAUGUUUAUGAUUAAAAUAGUAAUCUUAUUAUUUGAUGCAGAAUCAAUUAUUUUAAACAAAUUUAACUUGAAGGUAAAUACUUCUUUACAACAUUGAACUGAUGACUGUUAAUGCCAAACUUGUAUUGAUGACUUUUGAAAAUAGGAAAAGCAUGGACUACCAGUGCACCUGAGCACUUUAAACAUUAUAAGAAGAGCCAGCGCGUAAGUUUAUCAUUAAAAUAUAACCAGCCAGUCAGUCAAGUAAAGUAUCUCUUUUAAAGUAGUGUACAUAGGUGUGGUGGUGCAUGCCUUCAAUCCCAGCACUAAUGAAACUGAGGUAGGAGGAUGGACUUGACUUCCAGUCAGCCUGAGCUAGAGUGUAUAUAAAGACUGUCCGUUCUGCCAUUUCUGACAUGUUAAGGAAUAAAGGUGUGCCUUCUUGUGAUGAUAGAACACAGUGAGGUCUGAAGGAAGGUGUUCCUAUCUCUGCCUUUCACCAAAUCAGACUAAUAUGACCUCAACUUAGUUUUGGCUGCAGAAACUUGACUUAGACAAUCUACAAACUUAAGGAACUUCAAAAAAGGUUUUAAAAAUGCUCCAUAGUUAUUGGUAGCUUAGUUACUAAAUCUCUGAAACUAAAGCCCAUGAGGACCACAAUUCUAAAUGUCUUCUUCCAUUUAUUCUUCAUUCUUUUUGCCUACUUGUGUUUCCAGAUAGGAUUUUCCCCUUUUCUACAUUUUGGUUUAGUAACUGGAGAUUUUUCCCAAGUACCAAGUCUCACAUUUGUUUGUCAUCUUAGAGUGAUUAUUAUAUGAUGUCUUUACCACCUCACAUAGAAAAUUUCCUUAGAGGCUUUUUCAACAGAGGUAGAAGUACAGGGCAAAGAUGAUAGGAACACCUGGUUACCAAGCUCUAGAGAGAGCAGGCUGGAUAGUACUGCCUCUGAUACAUGUAUGUCAGUAUUAUGAAAAUGAAGGCAAUCUAAAGAUAAAAGAAAACACAUGCUCUGGUUCUACAUUUGAGAACAAAGAAGUGAAGAAUCAUGAGUCAACAUAGAGCCUUGAGAACCUCUCUGCUUUCUCUGGGGCAACAUUCUUUCGCUGCAUUACUGUGGAAUGUGUCAUCUGUGGCUCUCUGAAUUAGCAGUUGAUGGGUUUUUGCAUAUAUACUUUGAGACAUACCUUUAAGUUGAGCCAAUGUGAAUUAUGUUUCAUUGUAUGUAUAUUACAUUUCUUUUCCUAUUAGAGAAGCUUAUGUUUUCCUAAUAAUGUGUACUCUUUUAAGGUGUAUAUAUAGUAGUUAACAGUGUUCUAAAUUUGG